AUGGCUUUGCAGCGCCGAGAUGCGAUUGUCGCAGGCGUCGUCACCUUCAUCGCCUGGGGCUACGUCGUGAGCUGGUUCAGCGCCCUCCGCUGGGCGGGCUACGCCUUCGGCGGCGGCCUCCUCGUCGGCCUCGUGUCCCUUCUCGCCGCCCUGCUACUCUUCGCGCGCAGCCCAGACAACCGCCGACCGAGGCCGCGAGCCGCCCUCUUCCUAGGCCCCCAGCGCUGGCGCGACGAGGUGGCUGCGCUGCGCAAACGCCAGGCGUACGAGCGCCCCUCGCUGGGCCUGCCCUCGCAGCGCGUCGCCAUGGCCGUCGAUAACCUGCUCAACCUGAUUCUUCGCGACUUUGUCAAUGUAUGGUACAAAAACAUCAGCCCGAACCCAGAGUUUCCCGACGAGGUCGAUCGCGCCAUUCGCUCGGCGAUUAUAAGCUUGCUCGACUGCCUUCGCGACAAGGACCUGGUCGAGCUCGUGAUCAGCAGGGUCGUGCCGAUAGUGACGGCGCAUUUUCGAGAUUUCUACGAGGCGGAGCGAUCUAUCCGAGGCAAGAAAUUAAACAAAUCGGUCACCGAGUCGGACGAGCUGGAUCUCGCUAUCGCCGCCAAAUAUAACAAUGGAAGGCUUCACCCCGCAGCUUCAUUAUCUUUCCCGGAUACAAAAAUGGUUCAGCAAGACUAUCUCAGAGGUCUUAUAGCUCGCGUUCUGCCCAAACUUAUGCCUCGGCAUAUGUUGUCGAGCCGGGCUGUGUCCAUCAUUGUCAGAGAAAUAGUCAGCUGUGCUGUUCUUUCACCUGUCAUGCAACUUCUGUCCGAGCCAGAUACUUGGAAUCAAAUUAUGGAAAAUAUGGGACGUUCAAUGUUACAAGAUCGAUCUACAGUUCGCAAGUUGAGAGCUGCCCUCGAUCAACAUGCUUCGCCAGCACCCCGUACCAUCAAAGCGUCCGCAGCUCCCCGCAUAUCACCAGGCGAUAGCGAGCGCAGAUUUGAAAAGUUUAUUCGCGCGAUCCGGAAAGUCAAUAAUCUGUCAGAUGCCCGGCGCUUUCGCAACGAUGUAGCCAGCCAACUCAAGCGAGACUCGCUCGAAGAAAACCCCGAUCAGGUCUACCUGCGCCGACUAGGAAUGGGCAAGCGGCUGCUGGACCAGCGAGUGGCCCAUCUGGCGGCUGGGGGAGAGAGAAGUGGCCACAUUCCCGCUUCAAGUGCCCCAAGAAUGGCCAAGUCGGCUUCUGCAAGUCGGCUUGAGAAUGCUGGGCUGGUAGAACUCCUGCGAGAUUCUGCCGGCCUUUCUUAUUUCAUGGAAUUUAUGGAUCGCCAAAAGAUGAUGACCCUCGUGCAGUUCUGGCUGGUGGUGGAUGGCAUCCGAAACCCCCUUGAAGAUGACGGGCCUGAUAACGAAGCUCUGCCCUCCAAUCUGCCCAUGUGGACAGACUCGGACCGACUAGACCUACGCCAGAUCCAACAGGCCUACUUGUCCAAGUCAGAGCUUAAAGUCCCUGAGUCGUCACAGACCAAUGUCAAGCAGUUCUUACAGGCAGGCAAGACUGCCACGCCAGCACAAUACUUCAAGGCGCGCAGAUCGAUACUGCAAGUGCAGAGUAUGGCUUUGGAAACAAUGAAGAACCAGUAUUUUCAAGCUUUCAAAAAGUCAGACCUGUAUUACAAGUGUCUGGCGUCGCAAGAAACAACGACUGCUGCGCAGUCAGCACCUAUGGCUCUGUCCUCCUUAGACGUGGGCUCACCGCACCAGUCGAACGGACGCCCGCAUGGCAGAACACCCAAGCCGAAAUCAUUGGCGCGUCUUAACCUAAUUUCACGAAGAUCCGGCUCAGCCUCAGAUCUUAGAGCCAACUUAGGCGAAAGCGAUGCUUUAGACCCGCUGGCCGCCUCUCGAAGGUCGCUGGACGAAGAUGCCAGUAAUCCUCUGUUCGACGAUGACGAACUCGAGCAAGACAAUAUGGCCGACUCAAAUCCUAACAUUGAACAAGACGAUUCUCACUCCAGACCUGAUACGCAGGCAGUUCAAGCUGUCGAAAAAGUUUUGAACACUAUCAUGGAGGAUGACCGCCCCCAAACAGCUGCAGACUUGCGCGCUUCGCUCUUCACUAGUGAUGAACGGUUUGGAGGAGCUAGCUCUGGGGGACUCUUUGGAGAUGACGAGGACUCGAAUCGCGGGUCUCUGGAUGGCGGUCGGCCAAGUGCCGGCAAAGAGGAAAAGCCAAGCUUAUCGUCUCUGGGCCUCGUGAGUGCCGCCUCGCGAAUUGGUGUCUUUGUAGACGACGACCUAUUUGGAGACGAAGAUAGACGUUUGUCAGAUGAGAAGGACGACACGGAUGAAGACUAUAAUAUCGAGGAUGAGGAUGAGGUCCAUGCUGCGGCGCCAGGAGACCUUGGUCUUGCCGAGGCAAUCACAGUGCUGACGAAUGACAUUGACCGCCUGGCAGCACAAGAAGCCAUUGUGGAUUCCCUGACAAGAAAGGCGGAACUGACGAACAAUACUGCCGAGCUACGAAUCUUAUCAAAGUCGAAAGCGAGUCUGCAGAGAGAAAUCAGACGCAAAGAGCUUCAGCGUCAGCAAUACGUUGUGCAGGAGAGCGACAACAGUCUGUAUGGGCGGUCAACCAUCAAAAUCAAGUCCAUUCAAGUUGGGCGUGAAGAGGAUGGUCGAGAAUUUGCGCUGUAUGUUAUUGAAGUGCAGCGUGAUGCGGGCGAGCAGAUGCCUGCAGCAUCAUGGGUCGUCGCGCGCCGAUACAGCGAGUUCCACGAUCUCCACCAGAAGCUGCGAUCUAGAUACCCUUCUGUGCGAAACCUUGACUUUCCAGGUAGGAGGGUGGUGAUGAAGUUCCAGAGCGAAUUCCUACGCAAAAGACGUGUUGCGCUGGAAAAGUAUCUGCAAGAGCUUCUGCUGCUGCCAGAUGUCUGCCGAAGCCGUGACUUACGUGCGUUCUUGUCCGAGAGCGCCAUCACGCAGGGCGAGGACCUGCUCGACAGAGAGGACAGAAAGGAUAUUGUAAGCCGACUCUACGAUUCUGUUACAGAUGGUAUGGAAGAUAUACUGGGGAAUAUACCGGUGCUGGAUCAGAUCUCAGUGGCUGGACAAAAUUUGAUUGCGGCCGCGACAAGUCAGCGCAACUCGGUCUCGUUGCACUCUAACGAAGAGUCGUUCCCGGCCGCGGAAGCAGAAGCAGAGCUGAACGCAUUUGAGAGCAAGGAGCUGGAGCCCUUUAUCAAACCCAUCUGCGACAUUUUCUUGGAAGUGUUUGAACUCAACCGCGGUAAUAAUUGGCUGCGAGGCAGAGCGGUAGUCGUGGUGCUUCAGCAGCUACUGGGAGGUACCAUUGAACGCAAAGUACGAGAUACCUUCAAGAAUCUGGUGCAAGAAGAGCCGCUGUUACGGUACAUUGCGCUGCUUCGGGACAACAUGUGGCCGAACGGACAACUGGUACGAGACAAGAAGGCGCGAAGUGCGCCGGAAAAGAGGAAGACGCGGACGGAGGCGAGCCUCAUGCUGGCAACGCUGCUGCCUGAUCUGGCAGGCAACGUAGUUGGGCGCGUGAAUGCGCAGGCGGCAAGUCGACGAUUAUUUGCUACCUUUAACAAUGCGAGACUCAAUGCGCACUUGGCCUUUACAGUGCUCGACGAGAUGAUUGCGAUACUACUUGACGAUGAUUUAUGA